AAGUCUCUGGCUCUUAAAGCGUUAACGAGCUUCCAUAGCGGGGUAAGGUAAAGUUACACUGUGGGGAGGUCUCUGGCGUGACAGUGGGCAAAGUUCAUUCCAUCCACGCUGCGUGCAAGGAAAUCUGCAAGUCCCGAAAGGAGGAUGAUCGGAUUCUGUGAUUAGCGGAUACAAUAACGACCCAAGCCAGCUACGUCCACAGCGCGUCCACGCAGGAGCGCUGCCCACCCUGCUUUACGAAGGAUCUGACCCACGCACGACUGGCUGAGUGACAGACCAAAUAUGUCUUCAGAAAAUGAAUCUGGAAAUUCAGUGGUGGCCAGCAAGCCAUGCCUUAGUGAAUCACAAGUAAUUCGGCUGGCUGAGUCCUUGUUUAAUUUAAAAGCCUCUGGAGUUAAGCCUCUUCCAAGUUACGAUGACCAGAAUUUUUAUAUACGAGCAGAAAACGACGGGACCUGUGACUGCACAGAAUAUGUAAUGAAGAUCACAAAUGGUGAAGACAGUAAGAAUGUAGAACUGAUUGAAGCUCAGACACACGUCAUGAUGUUUUUAUCCAACGUGGGGAUUCCUACUCCUAGACCUGUCUUCACAAAUACUGGUAAAAUCCUGUCUUACGAGGCGAUAGGCAAUGGAUCUGCAACACAGAAACAUGUGGUGAGAUUGCUGACAUACUUGCCUGGAACACCAGUGGCUAAAAUAGUUGCAACACCUGACAUUUUAUUUAACAUUGGGCGAAUGGCAGCAGUGAUUGAUGAAUCUUUAAAUAAGGAAUUCCAUUUUUCAAACAAAAAAAUAUUUGAUCGGGGAGAUUUUAUUUGGAACUUGUCUAACACGCCCUUGUUAAGGAAUUAUGUUCAUGCAAUUAAAGAGGAGAGAUUACGUGAUCUCAUUGAAGGAGUAAUUAAACAGUACGAGACAUCCGUGGCACCUAACCUAAAGAAUUUUCGCAAAUGUAUAAACCAUGGAGACCUCAAUGAUUAUAAUAUACUAAUGCAAAAGACCAGUACUUCUGUUGGACGUGAUCAGUACAACGUGUCUGGUGUUCUGGACUUUAGCGAUAUGAGUGAAGGCUACUAUGUUUUUGAAGUUGCAAUAACAAUCAUGUAUAUGAUGAUUGAAAGCAGCGAUGCUAUCUGUGCAGGGGGAUAUGUACUCGCAGGAUUUGAGAGUGUUAUUGAACUGACAAAAGAAGAAAGAGACGCUUUAUUCACCUUGGUUUGUUGUAGAUUUGCCCAGUCACUUGUGAUGGCCAGGCACAGUGUCCUGUUAUGUCCACAGAAUGAAGAGUAUUUGAUGAUCACGGCAAAAACUGGAUGGAAGCACUUAGUGACUCUGACUGAGACAGGCAAAGAAGCUGUAGAGAAGGUUUGGUCGGAAACCGCACGGUCAUAUAACUCAGAAGCACACUGAUAUAUUUCUCUAGAAAUUCAUUUGAAAUAAUGCUUGUUUAAUUUUACAACAGUACAACAUUUAUACAAGCUGUACAACUGUAUGUUGGACAUGUAUCAGCUACUUUUAUAUGAAGAAUCAAACAUUUUCUUUACCACUAUAAAAAGUGUACAAACAACCAAA